AUGCGCCUCUCUAUCGCUGUCGCGGCUGUCGCGACGCUUACACCUUUCGUAAAUGCUCAUGGUGGCCUUGGACUCCCGCAGAUUCAUGGGCUCGUUGAUUCUCUUGACCGAAGGGUUGACGCACUGGUAGCCAACUUUAGGACUGGGGCUUUUGGCACCGACUCACACGUCGACCCGGUCCUGGAGGCACGCGCAAGUGCCAAAGAAUGCGGAGAGGGUAUUGGAUCAUGCCCUAAAGAUAGAGGCUGCUGCUCAACAGCUGGCUACUGCGGCUCCAAUUCUACUUAUUGUUACUCCCCCGGCUGUCAGUACAAUUACGGUCCUGGUUGUCCGGAACAUCAAAAGCCUGAAGGUCAGAGCACCGAGUCCAUCCCAAGAGCAAAGAUUGGCUCCGUCCCCUACGGAGGCAACGGUAUCUAUGGAGGCUUCUGGGCCUGCAAAGAUCCGGGUCAUGUCGCUCUCACGUACGACGACGGACCAAUGAAAGACACCACUGCGACUAUCCUGGAUCUUUUCAAGAAGUAUGAUGCAAAGGCUACUUUCUUUGUCACUGGCAAUAAUAUUGGCAAAGGACGGAUUGACAAGACUCAAGAAUUCAUCGACUUAAUCAAGCGUAUGGACACGGAGGGUCAUCAAAUUGCCUCUCACACAUGGACGCAUCUAGACUUAUCUAAAAUUGAUGCUGAUACCCGUAAGGACCAAAUUAUCAACGUAGAGGGCGCGCUGAACAACAUCAUUGGCAAGAUUCCGACUUACGUGCGACCGCCUUAUUCAAGCUGUACCGCGGACUCUGGGUGUCAGCAAUUCAUGCAGGAUAUGGGUUACCACAUUAUUUACUUCAAGCUCGAUACCGAUGACUAUCAGCAAAACCCUAAGGGCACCUUCCAAAACUCGCUUGACUGGUUUAAGGGCAACAUGACUGCGCCAGGCAUGUCACCUGAGAAGAACUCAACGAUUUCUAUCGCGCACGACAUUAUUGGCGCAACUGCUAACGAGCUUACUGAGCUCAUGCUUAAGACUAUCACUGAGCUAGGCUAUAAGGGUGUGACUGUGGGCGAGUGUCUUGGCGACCCGAAGGACAACUGGUAUCGUCAAUUCGGCGACUCUGCCGACCGGGUUGGCGCGAGCUCCAGUUCAACAUCGGCAAGCUCGAAUUCAGGUUUACCCUCUUCGCAGACUGCUUCAUCUUCAAGCACCAGCGGAACAUCCAGCGCCUCUUCUCCUUCCGGGUCGACUUCAAGUUCGCCUUCGGGCUCCAGCACCGCUCCCCCUGUUACUCCUCCAGAGCAGACCGCAAGUGCCGCUACUUCCUUCACACAAAUAUCUUGCCUUGCUAUCUUAGUGUUUACAGUUGCACUUUCUAUCCUUGUCUUGUAG